UCCCACUGCCCAAAGUCCACAAAUUCCAGCCACCGUCCUCCUCCUUCCCCUCGCCGUUCGCCAUUUCUGCUUCGCUUUCUUCCCCACUCCAUCGAUCACUCUGCAACUUCCCAUCGAUCUUCCCCUCGCGAAACCUCAAUUUCGGCAAACCCUCUCCGAAGGAAUGGCCUCGGCCCCUUUCUCGGCCGCUUUCUCCGCCCCUUCGUACGGCUUCCGUCGAGCCGGAACGAACGGGAACUCCCCCUUUCCGACCUCCCUUUGGUCGCCGGCCGCUCUUCGCGUGCCGUCAUCGGUUCGAUCCUCGCUCGGUUCGUGUAAUUCGGCUUUUCUCGUUAAUGGGUUGUCGUCGUCGUCCCUUCCGAGUUCGUCGCGGCUCAGCUUCAGUUCUCGCUCGUCGGGUGUUUAUGCUAGAGCUGCCACUGAGAAGACCCUCUACGAUUUCAGCGUGAAGGACAUUGAUAGGAAUGAUGUUUCAUUGAGCAAAUUCAAGGGAAAAGUCUUAUUAAUUGUGAACGUAGCUUCGAAAUGUGGUUUAACGACAUCAAACUACAAGGAGCUCUCGCACGUAUAUGAGAAGUACAAGACUCAAGGUUUUGAAAUUCUGGCUUUUCCUUGUAAUCAAUUUGGUGGCCAGGAGCCUGGUUCAAAUCCUGAGAUUAAACAAUUCGCUUGUACAAGGUUUAAAGCAGAGUUUCCGAUUUUUGAUAAGGUUGAUGUUAAUGGACCAGGUACAGCUCCUGUGUAUCAGUUUCUGAAAUCGAGUGCAGGAGGUUUUUUGGGUGAACUGGUCAAGUGGAACUUUGAGAAGUUUCUGGUUGACAAAAAUGGCAAAGUUGUGGAGAGAUAUCCUCCAACAACGUCUCCUUUUCAAAUAGAGAAGGACAUUCAGAAGCUUCUUGCUGCUUGAUUGCUUCUCCAACGGUGGAUCUCUCACUGAACGAGUCGGGGUUAAAGGUUGUGCGGCACCUCUCCUUUACUAUUAACAUGUAAUUGUGACGUACAUUUGGACGUGCUGAACUGGAGUUAGUGGGUUGUUCGUUCAUCUACAAUUGCCUUUAGUGCUCUUACAUCGUAUGAAUAUGAAUGCUGUAAAAUCGAUAUCCGCCAGACGGGUAAGCCAUGUAGCAUGUACUUACGUUUGAGUCUCUGUACAGCCUAAGGAUGUACGGUACUGGAUUUAGUCUAGCAAUUGAACUGCCGCUUUGCAUUCAACCUU